AUGUGAUAUGACAUCUCCAACAAUUUGGAGCCCAUUUAUCAAUUACAAACUCAGCUUUAUUAUCUAUAACCAACAUCAUUUAGUAUUUGCCACCAAAAUCAAAAUGGAAAACAACACCAGAAGCAGUUGCUGCAACAAUGGCAAGCAAUUUACCUGUCCAAAACCCUCAUUGUCACCGUUACCGACGCUCGGAAGCCACUUAGCUCGCAGACUAGUUGAAGUUGGCAUAUCUGAUGUGUUCUCAGUUCCUGGAGAUUCCACUCUGACCCUAUUUGAUUAUCUUAUUUCUGAGCCAGGGCUUAAUCUGAUAGGUUGCUGUAGUGAGCUAAAUGCUGGUUAUGCAGCUGAUGGAUAUGCCAGGGCAAGAGGUGUGGCUGCAUGUGCUGUUACCUUUACCGUCGGUGGCCUCAGCAUUCUGAACGCGAUUGCUGGUGCUUAUAGUGAAGAUCUUCCGGUUAUUUGUAUUGUUGGCGGUCCGAAUUCUAAUGAUUAUUAUGGUUGUAAACAAAUUCUUCAUCAUACCAUUGGGUUGCCUGAUUUUAGCCAAGAAUUGCAAUGCUUUCGCGCUGUUACUUGCCAUCAAGCCAUUGUCAAUGACUUGGAGAAUGCCCAGGAGCAGAUUGAUAAAGCAAUUAUAACAUGUUUACAAGAAAGCAAGCCUGUGUACAUUAGUAUCAGCUGUAACUUGGUGGCGAUCCCUCAUCCCAGUUUCAUUACGAAGCCUAUUCCGCUGAUCUUCCCCACCAAAAUGAGUAACCGGAUGGCCCUGCAAGUAGCAGUGGAAGCAGCUGCAGAAAUAUUAAACAAGGCAGCGAAGCUUGUUCUCGUGGCUGGACUAAAACUCCGCUCUGAUAAAGCCUGCAAUACCUUUGUUCAAUUAGCAGAUUCUUGUGGCUAUGCAUUUGCAGUCAUGCCAGCAGCAAAAGGGCUUGUGCCAGAGAAUCUUCCUCAUUGUUUUAUCGGGACUUAUUGGGGCGCAUCCAGCACUGCCUGCUGUGCAGAAAUAGUAGAAACUGCUGAUGCAUCUCUGUUUGCAGGACCGGUUUUUGAUGAUUUGAGCUCUAUCGGUAACUCACUUCUCUUCAACAAGAAGAAAGCUGUUAUUGCAGAAGCUGAACGCGUCAUAAUUCCAGGAAUGCCUGUCUUCGGAACCAUAUUGCUAAAGGAUUUCCUGGAAAACCUGGCGAAACGGCUUGAUUACAAUACAAGUGCUUAUCAGAAUUACAAAAGAAUAUGCGUUCCUGAAGGACUUCCUUUACAAUUGAAUCCAAAUGAAGAAAUGAAAGUCAAUGUUCUGUUCAAGCACAUACAGAAGAUGUUGUCAGGUAACAUGGUUGUUAUCGCCGAGUCAGGCGACUCUUGGUUCCACUGCCAGAAGCUGAAAUUGCCACAGGGUUGUCGGUUUGAGAGCCAAGUGCUAUAUGCAUCGAUCGGUUGUUUAGUUGGUUCGACUCUUGGGUAUGCACAUGCCGAACCAGAUAAGAGAAUUGUUGCUUGCAUUGGAGAUGGAAGCUUCCAGAUGACCUCUCAAGAUGUGUCGACUAUGCUUCGAUGUGGGCAUAAAAGUAUAAUAAUUCUGAUAAACAAUGGUGGAUAUACGAUCGAAGUUGAGAUUCAUGACGGACCGUACAAUGUCAUCAAGAACUGGAACUAUACUGAGUUGGUUAAUGCAAUGGAUAAUGGUGAAGGCAGAUGCUGGACUGCUAAGGUAAUUAAGCUGGAUAUCCGGUUAAUUUAACUCAU